AUGGUCAGCAGAUAUCAGGGGAAUCCUAAAGAAGUGUCUAAUGAUAACGAAUUUUUUUCACAUGUUGCACGAAUCCCAGAUGCCAUGUUGAAAAAGGUUGAUCCAACGAAUGUUGUGCUUAUUGAUUAUAUGACAACAAUUGAUUCCAAAGUUGAAACUGGGAAGUUGUUAACGAAAGAAGUCAAAGUCUCCAAGAAAACAACGAAGCCUGAUGAGUUAGUUUCAAAAGUUGUGAUAAAACCUGUUGAACCUUUUGUUAUAAAACCAACUUCAGUUACCAUUCCUUCGAAGACUGGAGUUUUUCAAAUAUUAAAGCUGAAAUAUGAGCCUACUUCUCCUGAGAAGACUGUUAUCAUACCACCUGAAGUUUCUUCUGCCAAAUCAUCUCAUGAGGAGGUACGAACUUCAAACAUCACUACAAACGUAUCUGAUACAGAUGUAAAUGUCAUCAUGGGUGAAGGAGAUCUAUCAAACAACUCAACCUCCACAAGAGUGUCUUGUACGAUCAAAGACUCAGAAUCGAGAAUCCUAGAGAAGGUAGAUCAUGCGGAUCAGACAUUAGAGUUGAGGAUAAAUUCAUUCAAUUCAAAGUAUGUGGGAGUUGUGAAAGAAUUGAAUAAUAUUCAAAAGGAAGGACACACAUUGUUCGUCAUGGGUGUCAAGAAGGUGAGAGAAGAUGUUAAUUUGAAGCUUCAAGUGCUUUUUUAUGAUACGGUUCGAGAAGUUGCAGUUGUUCAGAAAGACGAUGCCAAUCUGCUUUGGGGAGGUUAUUUCGAUGCUCAAAGAUUUGAAGGAGUCGCUGCUUAA